CCUGCACACGGCCGCGAACUGGGCUCCUGAACCGCAGCUGUGCAAACGGCACAUUCGCAAACGCAUUUCCCGGCCGCCCGGCCCCGCGGGAGCCCCAGCGCCGGAGCCGCAGCCCGCUCGCCCCGGGCCGGCGUCACCCCGCCCGCUGUGACGCCCCCGGCCCUCCCGCUGUGACGCCCCGAGCUGACGCUUUUAAGCCGCCCCCUGCAGCCGCUGGCUCUCAGUGCUGUCGCCGCCGCAGCGGGACCGGCAGUGCGUGUGUGGCUCGGAGCGUCGGGAGCUGCGACCCAGCUCGGGACUCGCCUCUUCUCGGCUCUUCUCGCCUUCGCAACGCCCUCUAACGUUGCUCUCCCGGGACUCGGUUCUGGGCUUCUCUUGCCCUCUCCGCGCCCACUCCCCUUGCUCUCCGGGGCUCGUCAGACUCCGCCGGGCGACUCCUGCGGCUGCUCAUCCCGGAGCGGGCCGUGCCCUCGUCUCCCCCGCACCAGGCAGAGCUCCAUGGCACUGCUCAGGAGGGUGCGGGAGCGGCCGCCGUCUGACGGCGCUUCCGCGCCCAGCACCGCCGGGGCCUCGGAGCUCCGGGAGAAGCGCCGGGGCGGGCUGCACGGCGCGGCCGCCCGUGGCGACCUGGCCUGGCUGCAGCAGCGCUGGUGGCGGAAGAGAUUCUACAUCAACUCGCGGGAUGCCAACAAGCAGUAAGAGGCGGGCAGUGCCCAUAGCGAAGACACACGUGCUCUGGCUGGAAGAGCCGGCGAAGCCCCACACGAUCGCAAGCACCCUAGCGACAGGCCGGCUCCACAGCGCUGCCCUUAGCGGAGGCCCGCCCCAGCUGGGACAGGAGCCAGCGGAUGCGCUCUGGCACCAGAAACCUUGCUUUCGGCUGCUUUUUUGGCAGUUGAGCCUUGUGCCCCUAGGUGGUUGGCACCACAGCCUGAAACGAUGUCUUCAGCCGUCUUGUCUGUGCUAACUGGAUGUAUUUAAUUUCUAGGACGCCUCUGCAUCUUGCUUGUGCGAACGGCCAUGCAGAUGUCGUUCGCUUUCUGGCAGGAAAGCGGUGCCAGCUCAACCCUCAUGGCAUGUUUGAGAAAACACCACUGAUGCUGGCAGUAGAGCACGAGCACAAAGACUGCGUGACUGCUCUGCUGGAGCAUGGUGCCGACCCUGACCACAGAGGUGCUGGCGGCAACACUGCCCUUCACAUGGCUGCCAUCAUGCCCAGCAAAGCGAUGGUGGAGCUCUUACUCGAGCAUAAUGCCCAGAUUGAGGCUAAGAAUGUGUUGGGAUACACUCCUCUUGCCGUUGCCAUCCUCCAACGCCACGAAGAGAUGGUUGAGUUCCUCAUUCAAAAAGGAGCUGAUGUGCACACUCGAGAUCUGCAUGACAGGACCACUCUUGUGAUUGCCGCUUAUGCUGGGAAUGUGAAUGUACUACGGCUUCUUCUUCAGCAUGGUGUUGAUCUUUUUCAUCGAAACAAGCAUGGCUUUGACGAUUUGGGUAAUCGCCGUCAGUUUAAGCCUGAAGUUAUAAAGACACUGGAGGAAUAUGAAAACUGUAAAAGAACAGGAGAACGCUCUGUAGGAGGCACAGGAGGUCCAGCAGUACCUGAGAUCUCUUGCUCUGGGACGACUGCUGCCCCUCCCAUGGGAGCACCUGUGCAGACUGGAGCAGGUGUCUUGCCAGAAGCUGGAGCACAGCAAGAGGAGGAAUGUGACUCCGUGUCUGAUUUAGACCUAACUUCUCUGAAGACUGAUUCUGAAGGUCCAGAGGAAGUGUCAGCUGUCAUGCUGCCUCAUGGUGCAAACCAACAAGGAGCGUGUGCGCAGCCUGUUGCAGAGGAGCAUCACAUUGGUGUGUUGCCAGCAGCAGGUGCAGCACAAGAAGAAGAAGAUUUUGACUUCUCUUCUUUGGAUGAGGUUUUUGCACUGGAGAGAGAAGAGCUUCCGCUCAAGAAGGAGGCUUCAACACAAACCGAUGGUCAAGGCGACACUGAGGGAUUCAUCAGGUGGCUGCGGCAGGAGCUUGUCAGCGCUCUCAGAAACUGCUCCAGAGCAGAAGUUUCACUUGAAGCCGAGAAGCGCUGCAGCAGGGACCUGCAGCAACAGAAACUGCAGCUGCAGAAGGAACUGAACCAUUCUAAAGCUCAGCUGCAGGAACUGCAAGAACGGCUGAUGCGGAGCGAGUGUUAUGCCGAGGCCCUGGAGAGUGCCAUAAAGAAUAAGGAGAGGGAGCUAACAGCUGCCAGGAACCUGCAGAGCCUUCUGGUCACCUCUUCUGGAACUGCAGCUAUCCCAGAGCUGGAAGAACGCAUGCAACAGCUCCAAGUUGGAAUGGCCAAGCUGGAAGCCACAGGCCGGCAACAAGCCAACACCAUGGAAGCCCUUCUGAAAGAGCUGCGAGCCUCUGCCUCACGUGGGAGCGAAAGCAAGGAAUUGAAGAAGCCGGCUGAGAAGAAACGCCAAUUGGAAGUGAUUCUGGAGGAAACACAGACAAGUAAUGGCACCCUGGAGGAAGAACCUAGCGGCUUGGAGACGCUUCUGGAGGCAUCUCAGACAAAGCUGAUGGAAUAUACAGUGAGGAAGAGAGAGUCCCAGCCCAGUUUCCAGAGAGGCCUGAAGAACAGCUGUUCUGAGGUGGCCAAGCAAGUUGGUAAACAGAGAAGAAAGGUGACAAAAGGAGUCUCAAUGGCCUCCCGCCUUCCGGAUUUCCACAGAACUGGAGGUGCAGUUGCAACAACACAUGCAGCAGGCAAGAUAAACCCAGGACCUGUGAGAAGUUUUUCCGCUUUGCGUGGGACUCAGGAACAACCAGUCUGGAACCUGGGCUUAGCCUCAAAAGUCAUUCGGAACUCCCGUGGUAGGUCACAGCCAAGUAAAGCAUUCUAAAAGAGAGAUGGGAGAAAGAGCUGGACAAGAAAUAAGGCAAAAACCACAAGAGGUUGAUCCCUAUCUCCACGGAACGCAAUUUUCCACUUGUGGCUGUAGCCCACAGGCUGUAGCUUUGUUGUUGACACAUCUGAGUGUUUGGUUUUCUGGAUCUGGAUCUGCACAUUAGUGCUGUACUUCCAGAAUCCAGUUUCCAGUGCCACCUUUGGCCCAGCCUGCUGUAUAAACUAACAGCCCACACUAACCCUUCCCCAGCCACUGCUGAGCCUCCAGCGCCAUCAGCCCUGACAAGAUGCCAGAGCAGAGGAAGUGCCGGUGCCCGAAACCAGGGUGGUCGCAAGAGAGAGGAAUGAAGCCUGCAAACCUUCACAUUCCAUCUUGUGCAGCCAUUGCCCUGCGUCUGGUGCCAGCUGUACUGUUGCAGCGUGCUAUUUAAUAAACUGUGUCGUCUAGUCCGUGUCUUCGUUUUGCUGUCCAAUUGGAGUGCUUGGGACCUCGCGGGUUUGGAUGAGGACAGUCCUAUCUUUGAAGGCUCACUCAGGCUCUCAACCCAUGCAGGCACUUAGCACGUCUCUCUCUGUCCUUGCUCUGAUGGAAUAUCAGUCGUGCAGACGCCUCCAAGACGGAACACACAUCUGUGUCCUUUUCCUCCCGGGAGCCCUGAGACAUGGUUGUACUCAGGUCGGGGACUUGCGCUGACCUACUGCUAAUAAUCAGUUACCAGACUCUUCCUGCCACCCUAGAGCAAUCCUCCUGGUGGUCUGGGCAGAAGGUGGUGGUUGAGCUUCUGGUAGCCAUGGAAGCUUUGCAGUUCCCAGAGCGAUCUGAUGGAUUUGUUGCCCGCCGAGGGGAAAGGUGCGAAGAAGUGAGCACAAGCUGGGACGGGGGAAUGGCACCUCAGCCAAAGGAAAACACUUUUCUAUUGUGAGGGUGGCGAGAGAGCGGUGUCAGGGAAAUGAAAUGGAUUCAAGUGACUCAGAAACAUAAGGAAAUGCACCCUGUUGACAGGGUGCAGAGAUGGAGUUUCCAUAGAACUCCAUCUUUGUCUUUUUUGCCUAAGUCCAGCUUUUUCACACCAACUUUGUUCUUCACAUAACAUCUGGGUGAAAGGUGGUGGUUCAUAGAAUCGUGGAAUCACAGAAUGUCUUCAGUGUGAAGAGACCCACAAGGAUCAUCAUGUCCAGCUCCUGUCCCUGCACAGGACAACCCCACCGUUCACACCAUGUGUCUGAGGGCAUUGUCCAGUCUCUUCUGGAACACUGUCAGGCUUGGGGCCAUGACACAUCCGUGGGGAGCCUUUUCCAGUGCUCCACCUCCCUCUGGGUGAAGAAUAUUUUCCUAAUGUCCAAUCUACACCUCCCCUGGCACAUCUUUCUGCCGUUGCCUCAGGUUCUGUCAUUGGUCACUAAGGAGAAGAGUUUGGUGCCUACACUUCGUCCUUCCCUCUGGAGGAAGCUGUAGACCACAAUGAGGUCUCCUCUCAGUCUCCUCUUCUUGAAGCUCAACAAACCAAGUGACUUUAGCUGCUCCUCAUAUGUCUUCCUCUCCAAACCCUUCACCAACUUGGUAGCCCUCUUCUGGAUACUCUCGAGUAGCUUUGUAUCCUUUUCAUCCUGCGGUGCCCAGAACUGCACCCAGUGCUCCAGGUGAGGCCGCACCAGUGCAGGGUAGAGUAGGAAAAUCACCUCCCUCUCCCCUCAGGUUGGCAAUGCUGUGCUUGAUGCACCGCAGGACACGGUUGCCCUCUUGGCUGCCAGGGCACACUGUUGGCUCAUGUUCAACCUGCCCUCCACCAGAACCAGAUCCCUGUCUGCAGAGCUGCUCUCCAGCAUCGCAUCCUCCAGUCUGUAUGUACAGCCAGGGUUGCCGUGUCCCAGGUGCAAAAUCUGACACUUGCCCUUGUUGAACUUCAUGAGUUUGGCGAUUGCUCAGUUUUCCAGUUUGUUCAGAUCCCUCUGCAGAUCCUCUCUGCCCUUGAGAGCGUGAACAGCUCUCCCCAAUUAUGUGUCAUCGACAAACUUGCUAAGCAAUCCCUCCAGUCCUGUGUCCAAGUCAUUUAUGAAGACAGGGAAGAGUGUUGGCCCUAAGACAGGUCUCUGUGGCACCCUGCUUGUGACUGGUCACCAGCCCAACAUUACCCCAUUUCCCAGAACCCUUUGAUCCCAGCCCGUCAGCCAGUUGCUCACCCACUGCAUUGUUUGUUUAUCCACCUGUAUGCUGGACAUCUUGUCCAGGAGCAUACUGUGAGAGACAGACCUAACAGAUUUCUCUUCUGAAUUUUACUAAAAUACCUCUUGAAUGGGCAAGUAUGGUUUUGAUUAUGUCCUUUAUUUUAGGUUUUGUUAGAUACACAAAAUAUCCUAUAUUUUCAAAUGAGUUGAAAAUUAUGUCUCAGCAUGGUGAUUCUGACCUUUGAUUCAUUACUAAAA